AUGCAUACCCUUUGUGCCCGGGGAACCAUGAAACCAGAGAUCAACGCCGCCGUGGGAUUUUUGUCGAGAUUUCUACGGGUGAAAGGACACGUAAACGAUCGGCAAGUCCAAACGUUCAGCCAGAGCCUACAGGACAUUUUGUCAGAACAAUACAAGCACCACUGGUUCCCGGACAAGCCCUGUAAAGGUUCAGGGUACCGCUGCAUUCGCAUCAACCACAAAAUGGACCCAUUGGUGGGGCAGGCCGGCCAGCGUAUCGGCCUGACCAUCCAGCAACUCUACCUGCUGCUACCUAGCGAGCUCACCCUCUGGGUGGACCCCUUCGAGGUGUCUUACCGCAUCGGCGAGGACGGCUCUAUCUGCGUCCUGUAUGAAUCGCAGCCUGUCCCUAUGGUGGACAGUCACAUCAGCUGCAAAGAGGAACUGAUGGUGCUGGGCAGAGCCAGUCCCUCCAAAGCCUACAACAUGAUGACUGUGUCCAGUUAA